AACUCGAUUAUUCUUUCAACUUUAUGCGGAUGAGAGAAAAAAAGUAAAUAGAACAAGUGUAGGAAUAAAUCAAACUGGAAAAGAUACCAUCAUGAAGAAGUUUGAAGAGAAAUUUAAGAGGGGAUUUAACAAAUGGAUCACUCAUUUUAAGAAUAAGUAUGAUUCGUGUAAGAAAAAGUACGCCACCUUUAGAACGUUAACUCAUAAUAGGCCUGAGGCUCGGUAUGAUGAUAUGGGAAGGUUGGAGAUGUCAGAUGAUUCGUGGAAGCAACGGAUAGAGGAAUGGCCUGCAGCAAGAAAAUUUAGAAGCAAAAUGAUUGCUAAUAUGGAUGUGUUUGAAGAAGAAUUCCGUUUGGUAGUAGUUACUGGAGCUGAAGGAUGGAGCGCUCAAACUGGAGAAGCUAGUUUAAAUUCUACAGUGGAUGGAGAUGAUGAUGAUGAAGUUGAUUCUGUUGACAAAGAUAUGCCAACACCGGUAGAGAAACAGACUCAAACACAAACCCAAGUUGGAAGUUCAAGAGCAAAAAAAAGGCGUAGGGAGAAAGAUAUGGCUGUUGAAGCUGUUAUAAAACGGACCGAAGCUCUUGAGAAGAAGAAUAAAAUAGCGGAACAGAUGUUGGAGCGUGAGUAUGCAUCAAGUGUUGAGAGUGUAUUAGAGACACUUAAUGGAUUGCCUGGAAUUAUGAAGUGGUCUUCAUUUUACAAAGCAGCAGUUCAACAUCUUAUAGCAGAUGAAGCAACCAGGCGGGGUUUUAUAGCUUUUACUAGUGCUGAAGAUAAGAUUAGUUUUUUGGAGCUUAUGACUAGAAGGAAACUUGAUGAUUUGUAGUGUUUAUGAAUCAGAUCAUGACAUUGCAUGUGUUAUAGUUUUGGUUUUGUUGUGUUAUGAACGAGUUUUGGUUUUGGUUGUGUUAUGAACGAGUUUUGGUUUUGGUUGUGUUAUGAACAUUGUUGUGUUAUGAACGAUUAACGAGUUUCGGUUGUGUUUGGCAAUUAGUUUAUUUAUGGCAACUAUUCUAUGGUUUUGUAGAUGAUUAGAAGAUGGAUGUUGGGUGAUGAUGAUGGUGAUGAUGAUGAUGAACUUGGUUUGAUUGAUUCACUUACUGCAGAGAGGUUAAGUCAUAGAACAGAUCGAGGAGCAGGAUGGCGUCAUGUCCAACAACUUAUGCAUGGAUCAGAUACACAAUGUUAUGACAUUCUCCGAAUGAACCAAAGAACUUUUGAGGCUUUA